AUGCUCAAGUCGACCUAUACUCCUCCGGCCCCUUUGCCCCCGGGGUGGUCAGAGCAUCGCGCUCCUUCAGGUCACUUGUACUAUUAUAAUUCCACCACAAAGCAGUCGACAUAUACUCGCCCACAAGUGCAGGUUCCUCAGCCUCCUGUGGCCGCGUCAGAUUUGUCUCAGCCUGCAUUGUCCUUUACGCCCGAGACCCUGCCACCUUUUUCUUCAACGCCGUACGGGCCCGUAGGCUUCGAUCCCACACAAUUUGGAGCACCGCAGCGUGGCCGUGGUCGCGGAGGGUUUCGUGGCGGAAAGGGUUACCAUGACCGAGGGCGACGGGGCCCCGAAGACAGACCGAAGUCGAAACACCCCAUUCCGGACUGUGCGCCAUGGCUGCUGGUAAAAACCAGGUUUGGCAGGCGGUUUGUUCAUAACCCGGAAACCAAUGAGAGCUUUUGGAAGAUUCCGCAGGAGGUGCUGAAGGGGGUGGUUGAAUUUGACCAUCUGGAGCGCGAGAAGCAAGAAAGAAAAGAACGAGGCGAGGAGUCCGGAGAACCAGCCCCAACUACUGAACAAAUGACAACUGCUCCGCAAAAGGAGGAGAUUGCCCCUGCGAAACCUCAUGCCGCUGUUGAGGGCGCCGAGGGCGCUUACGAUAGCGACGAAUACGAGGAGGUUGAGGUGACGGACAGUGAAGGAGAAGGCAACCAACCAUCAAAGCGUGCCCGGACGGAGAGCGAAGGUGCCCAGGACCAGCCGGUAGAGUUCACCGAGGCGGACCUUGAAUACCAAUUGGCUGCCAUGGGUGAAGAAUAUGGAUUGGACCCAGAAGAAUAUGGCGAGCCAGGGGAAGAUUGGGAAGAAGGCGCAGAGGGCCUUGCACUGACCGACGCUGAUGCGGAAGCGCUCUUCCGGGAUCUACUCGACGACUAUAACAUUAAUCCAUUCACACCAUGGGAAAGCAUCAUUGAAGAAGGCCGCAUAUUCGAUGAUAGCAGAUACACCGCGCCUCAAAACAUGAAAGCACGGCGCGAGAUCUUCUCCAAUUGGAGUCGGGACCGAAUCCAAGAAGUCAAAGAACGCAAGGAGAAGCAAGAGAAACAGGACCCACGCAUCAAGUAUCUGGCUUUCCUGCAAGAAUACGCCACGCCCAAGCUGUACUGGCCCGAGUUCAAGCGCAAGUACAGAAAGGAGCCGGAGAUGAAGGACUCCCAGCUCUCCGAUAAGGACCGCGAGAAGUUCUACCGCGACUACAUUUCACGGCUCAAGCAACCCGAAAGUAACCGCAAGUCGGACCUUUCAGCUCUCCUCAAAUCCGUCCCACUUCAUGCCUUGAAUCGAUCAUCCAACCUGGAGGCCCUGCCGAUCUCAAUCGUCACCGACAUUCGUUACGUCGCCCUUGCGCCGACAGUGCGCAACCCAUUAAUCGAAGCCUUCAUAUCCACUCUCCCUCCCGCACCCGAAGAACAGUUGACUGCGGAGCAGCAAGCGGAGCUCGAUCGGAGACGAGUCGAACGCGAGAAGCGUGAGAAGGCUCUGGCGGACCGAGAGAGGCGGGUGGACGAAGAGAAACGGCGUCAGCGUGGUGAUCUGCUUCGGGGCAAGCACCUCUUGCGAGAAGGCGAGGCCGAAAUCGAAGAGGCGAUGCGAGUCGGCAAAGACGGACUCCGGAGCUACAUGGAGAUCGACGAGGUGGCCGGCGACGGACAAGAGCCGUGA